AUGGAUUUUCUCAUUUAUAGCAUUGAAGUGCCUGAAACAAUUGCUAUUGGGACUCGCUUGUACACCUUAGAGUGUGGAGAUAGAGAUGGAACACCUCCCAACAAUGUUCUCACCUUUACACUGGAUGAUUAUUCCAAUAAUUUUUUCACGCUAGCUGGCAAGGAAAUCAAAGUUGGUCCUCAGCACCUAAACUGUGAUUCUGAUCUGUUUGCCGCAAUGCAGUUCAAGCAUAUACUGAUGAUCCAAGUUUCUGAUGGUGGUGAGCCACCACAAACACGCACAAUUAGGGUUAUUGUGAAAGUCACCCGUACUAAUGAAAUAGAUCCUCAUACUGGCACAAAUAUAUUCCGCGUGCUUGAAAACAGCAGCAUUGGCACUGUGGUUGGAAGAGUCGCCUUUACAGACGAAGACUGGCCAUUCAAUAAUUUGAAGCACACACUUGUUGGCGAUGGUGCAGGACAUCCUCCUAAGUUUUAUAUAGAGCCAGAUACAGGUAUUGCCAAUUCUUUUAAAGGCUUCUAUGCUCAAGAAGAAUGAAUGCCACAGGAAGAAAAUUUGCCUUAGCUUUCAUCCAGCAUUUUACUGGAGUUAAGAAGAGAACAUGGUUUUAGGCAAGAUUCAGUCCUGGACCUUACUAAAGUGGUCUUGGUUCUAAACUGGUGUCUGCCA